AUGGCGUCUCUGCUGGCGAGGCAGGCGCUAUGGGUGCCAGUGGUGAAGCACAACCCGACGUUUGUCGAGCAAGUUCACAAGUUUCUGCAAAUCAGCCCCAUCACCUCCCUUACCGCGGCUGCCAUUGGGCUGAAGCUGGAGGAGGUGCGGGUUGCGCUGGAGCCAGAUGCACGGCACACCGACAAGAUGGUUGCGUCUAUGAUGGCGUUCCCGGUCCAGAUCUCGGGUGCGGCGUGCGACUCGGUGCUCGAACAGCAGCAACGUCGCGAGCUCUCUUUCGGGUUCGCGACUUCCAUGUGCGACUCGUGCAACACAAUCCACCUGAUAGAGCGACUGUUGCCAGCGUCCCACUCGCAUGUAUCCGUCAGCAUUCAGUCCAACUGCAUGCGCAACCUUCGGGAAGGCGAAAAGCUGCUGGUGGUGAGCACCAUCGACAAGAUGGGAAAGCGUCUCGUGUACUGUAAGACGGAUUUUUUCGUUGAGGUGACAGAGCCAGUGCCAGAGGAGGUGGUGCAGCGCGAGCGGAACAUCAAGACGUUAGCGGAGUUGCGGGUGGCGUUAAUGCACUACGAGAAGGCUGUGUCGGGGGCACACGUCAAACUAAUCAUAGCAGAGCGCAAGCUCAGCUAA